AUAGAUUGCCAAACUCUUUUGAAGAGAUAUUAAAUACAACUCAUAGAACUGAAAGAGAAGUCAAAGCUUCUCUUUCAAAACUCAGGAGAAUGAUUCUUUUAGAGGGCUUGCCUGAAGAGGGAAAGUCUUGCGUUUAUGAUAAAGUUCGAAAUGAUACGUUUAGGACUCUGGCCACAGAUAAGAAAUUUUUAGAACGAGUCAAUGAAGAUAUGUUAAUUCGUGUAUUGAAUGCUUUUGUCUGGAAAAUGAAAUCAUCUACAAUUUGUGGAAAUCAAACGGUUACAUAUGUUCAGGGAAUGAAUGUCCUCGCUGCGCCUUUCUUAUUUACUAUGUCAGAGAUAGACGCAUUCUUUUCUUUUGCUACGUUUAUUAAAACAUGCUGUCCUUUAUAUGUUACACCCACACUUCAAGGGGUUCAUUGUGGACUAAAGCUCUUGGAUCAAUGUCUUCAAAUUAUUGAUCCAAAAUUAUUCAAUUAUUUAAAAUUAAAAAAACUUACUGCAGAAAUUUAUGCUUUUCCUU